UUAAAAUAUAUGAAAAAUGUGAGUUUCCUUAACCCUUUAGUCAACUAUGAGCAAGACACAGGAUAAGAACAAGCUGUUGGUCAUUACUCCUUCAGUGCACAAUCAACCAGACUGUCUUCCCCAGGAAGAUCAGUCAGAGCCUCAUCAUUAUGGAAACGUUCCCAUGCUGCAAAACCAGAGGAGAAUUGAUCCUGUUGCAGCUGAAGAUGACCUUAAAGGUCCCAGGAGAGAUAGCAGAGGGGCCAAAAAAGUGCACCAACAACUUAAUUUAGAAAUCCCAAAGCAUAAAUAUACCAAAAGCUUAGGCAAUACCAACAGGCACGAUAAUUUCUAUACAAGAAUAAGAAAAUGAGCUAAAGCCAAUAACAGAAAAGAGCCUACUCCUUAUCUACAUCAGCGACAAGAGCGUGCUAACAGUUCCUCUCGUAAUUUAGUAGAGAUGGAUCAGCUUCGAAAGAUAAUUGAUGCAUCCACAUGAACUGACCAACAAGAUCCCCAUCAUUCUCAUGAAAAUGAGGCUCCUGCUAAAAUACAGAGAGAAACUUCUUUGAAGAAUAGUGCUCAAAAUAAAAGAAUCAAAAAUUUACAGAAAAAAUCACCACUUAAUAAAGGAAAAAUAAAAACUUUGGUUCCAAAAAAUAUUCAGAUUGGAACAGAAGAAUUUGAACCUCUUGAGCUGAAAAGUCUGGACGGAGGGAUAUGAGAGGGAAAAGAGGAAACUAAAAUAUCAUCUGUUGCUUCUAAAGUUCAUAGCAACUCUUUGACCACUAAUCCUUACCUCAAUUUCAAUUCUGCGAAUACAUUUAACAGGGAUAAAAGUUUAGACAAGGUUGUGAGUCCAGGAAUGAAUAACUCCUUCAUUAACUCCAGAAAUUUAAUUGUACUAAAUCGAAAUCUCAGGAAUAUUGCUUUCUUAAAAUCUUCGAAUCCUCUUCAUGGCUCGAAAUCAAAAGACAGAGUGUUGGACCUCCAAUCUUUAGAUUUAUCUUCAAAUAAGCAUAUUGAAAAUCCAGGUGGUGUGUGAACACAGAAGAUUCACAAAGAAAUUAAUGACAACAAUGCUUCACAGAUAAUAACAGACGAUCGGAGCCUCGACAUGUACAACCCUAGUAUUGAUACAUCGCUUUCAAUUAACUCCAUAAUUAACAGAAGAAGUAAGCCUCUUACAAAAUAAUGUGAGUCCUUACGAAGAAAGGCUGUGCCAAGGCCUUGCUAGUAUCUCUAGUAGAGAUACUUUCAAAAUUAACCCCUCCUUUAAAGUCGAAUUUAGCAGAGUCGAAUCAACAGGAAGAGCUGGUCCUAUUUAUAAGACAGCUAAGAGAGAAAUGUUCUCUAAAGAUCAAGUCUCAAAUAUAACAUUGAACACAGAAGAAGACCCUGUUUUUCAAAAUCAAGACUCUCGUUCAAUAAUAUUUCCUCCAAAUAAAAUGCCAGAUAUGAAGUGGAGUUCCAUUGAUCAAUCUCAAAAUCUGUCAGGAACAAAGCAGGUAGAAUCGAAGAACAUCUCACGACGUUUUUUGUACAGAAAAAGAAGCUCUCAAGUUAGUAAAGGCAGAUCACAUAAGUUAAGAGAUUUAUCUGUUUCUUACAAUAUUUCUAAAACUGUUUUACCAGGAAUUGUUCCUACAACUAAGACCAGCAAAGAUCUUUCUAGAGGCAGAAUGAAGCAUAUUAGAUCUAACAAAAGUGAUAAUGUAGUUCCACAGUCAAGCGACCACCAUGUAAUGGCUCUUCUAGAUGGCACAGAUAUAGCCAAUUCGGAUAUACUGGAAAGAGAUGAGAAAAGGAAUAAAUCCUGAAGCCUCCAUGAUGGGUUUGUGCUUGACUUAAACAUCACUCAUUUUCAUAAAAAAUACAAAAUUGAGCCUCCUAAGUUAUUGAAGAAACCUCCAGCAGAGUUCUUUGAACUACGAGAUGAGUUCCUGAAGAGAUCUUUUAUGGAAAUGAAAGAUUGGAUCCAGCAACAAGUCUACGAUCAUUUAGCAAAAGAAGUUCAAAGAUUAGUCGCUCGAGGUGAAAUUGUAGACACAGAUUGCGGCUAUAGUAAAAAGAUUUCUCUUUUCACGGUGAAUGGCAGCAAGAUUAAGUCCUUCAACAAUAUCUCUCCUGAUCUUAAAGUGAUAAUUAUCAGUCUUGAUGGUGCAUUCAGAGGCCUUCAGAAUUCUUUAAAACCUUCUGAUUCUCAGAAGUUAAGAAUAAUUCAGGAAGAUAAUAUGAGGAACGCUUAUUUCCAAUUACAGAAAGCUUUUGCAAAAUAAUUGAGCUGCUGAAGAUAAGCACUUAGUUGAGAGUUACAAGAAUGCUGAACAACGAGAGAAGAUGCUUGAUAAAUACAAGUAUUCACGAGGGUUUAGGCCUCCUUAUAGAGGAGGUCUACUAAAGCCUCCAACUGAAAAGAAGAGUUCUAAAUCUAAAACAUUAACUUUCAGGCUUAUGUAUGAUAGAGUCUCUAAGAAUAAAUCUGGUGUUAAGCAAAAGAAGAAAGCCCAUGAGUUGCUCAAAGAAUAUGCUGAUAAGAAAAGUAUCAGAGAAACAACGAUUGACACGAUGGAUGAUUUGGAGAAGAGAAUCAAUGGCCAUAUUGAUGUCUAUAUCAACAAGAUUAAGAGUCAGACUGAACAGGAAUAAUUACAUCAGACUUUAUGUUAUCUGUCUAAUUCAUAAUUUUCUGAGUUAUCAUCAACCUUCAAAAGUAUUUCUUUAUCUGUCAUUGUUAUCCCUCCUAAACCUGCCAACAGGGUAUAAUAAUUUCCUAACUUCAAUAAC